AUGGAGAUCACUUCAGCAAGAGGUAGGGCGUUCGCAGCCCUGAAACCGGCCUUCCUGGAUGUUUUGGGGGACCUGUGGGAUGCGCAGUCCAAUCCCGAUGGUAUUGUGAACCUGGGUCUGGCCGAAAAAACCCUCAUGCAUGCGGAGAUGAUGGAAUUUGUCAACAGCAAUGUCCAAUAUGACGCACAUGUAUUAACAUACGGGGACGGGUUUAGUGGCUCGCAUCGGCUUAAAAAUGCCAUCUGCCAGUUCUUGAACCGUUAUUUCAACCCCCGGACUGCACUAUAUCCGUGUGACAUUGCUGUCACAUCAGGUGUUAGCAACGCACUCGAGUGCUGUGCUUGGGCUCUAGCUGAUGCUGGGGACUACAUUCUCGUUGGACGCCCAUACUUCAACGCUUUUAAGACUAUAUUUGGAACGCGACCACAAAUCGAACUACUUGAGGUCGCCUUUGGUACAACCGACCCAUUCAGCAUCGACGCUAUCAACGAGUAUGAGCGAGCUUAUGCAGAAGCCAAAAGGAAAGGCCUCCGAGUCAAGGCUUUACUGCUGUGCUCGCCACAUAAUCCUCUUGGACGCUGCUACUCCGACGAUGUAUUAAAAGAAUAUAUGAAGUUCUGUUCCAGAAACAGACUCCAUUUGAUCAGCGACGAAAUAUAUGCGCUUUCCGUCUGGGAGAAUCCGCGCCUUCCUGAUGAACCCCGUUUCAAGUCGAUAUUAUCGUUCAACAUAGAGGAUUUCAUAAGUUCAGAAAUGGUGCAUGUUGUUUGGGGUUUAAGCAAAGAUUUUGGUUCAACCGGUUUACGAAUCGGAUGCCUAAUCAGCAAACGCAACAGGAUGCUCCUUGAUGCCGUAGAAGGCAUAUCUCUCUAUAAUUUCCCGUCCAGUGUUGCAGAUCGAAUUGCCUCAUUGUUGCUAUCAGAUGACACGUUGUUGAAGCAAUACAUCUCGACUAACCGGCGUCGGUUAUCAGAGAGCUAUCAAUUUGCAACGAAAUUUCUUCAGGCCCAUAAAGUUCCCUACGUGGAGUGCAAUGCUGCCUUUUUCAUAUGGCUGAAUUUAGGGGCUGUUAAGAAAAGCUGAACAGCCACUGAUCAGGAAAUGCUUGCGAGACUUAGACAAGAAAAGGUAUACGUCGCACCGGGGACUAUUUAUGCUGCAGAAGAAGCGGGAUGGUUUCGCAUGGUGUUUGCGCAUCCUCCUCACGUCUUAGAGGAAGGGCUAAAUAGGAUGAUUCGCGCUGUCCGGCUAGAUUAA